AUGGAUAAAUUAAAUAAGAGACGUUAUUCGUCAAGUUCAGAUAGUGCUGAAGAACAUCGUUUAAAAGAUAUUAAAGAACGUGAUGAGUUUGCAAAGAGGCUAAAAAAACGUGAUGAAGAAAGAGUAAAGAAAGUUGCAGAGUCUUCCAGCAAAAGAUCAUAUGAAGAAGCAGCUAAGCGCCUCAAGUUAGAAGCUGAAGAUAGAGAAAAGAUAUUGCCCAAGUUACGCAUUCACUCUCGUCGAAAGUACUUGGAGAAGAGGAAAGAUGAUAAGGUGAUUGAGUUGGAAGCAGACAUAGCUGACGAUGAAUAUCUUUUUGACGAAAGCAGCCUAACUCAACGGGAAAGAUUGGAGAGGGAACACAAAAAAACAAUAUUAAAAUUAGCUAAAGAGCAUGAAAAGGCCAGGGAGUUGGAGAAUGUCCAGAGGUAUCACAUGCCACAAGAUUUGGGAAAAGAUGCAAAAGGUGAAUAUGUUGAAGUUGAUGAAAGAGAAAAAGUGCCACAUUCAGAACAACAAAAGUGGGAGCAAGAACAAAUUAAAUCAGCCUUCUUUAAAUUUGGGGCCAAAGAUGCUAAAGCACAGGAUGAGUAUGAGUUAUUACUGGAUGAACAGAUUGACUUCAUCCAAGCUCUUCAAUUGGAAGGUAAUAAAGAAAAGAAAGAAACUGAAGAAAAAUCAGAAUAUCAAAAAAUAAGGAUGACUAUUGAGGAAACUAAGAAAUCUCUGCCAGUUUACCCGUUCAGGGAUUCAUUAAUUGAGGCCAUUAAGACUUACCAAAUACUAAUAGUAGAAGGUGAGACAGGAUCUGGCAAAACUACACAAAUACCUCAGUACCUUCAUGAAGCAGGUUUUACAAAGGAUGGCAAGAAAAUUGGUUGUACCCAACCAAGAAGAGUAGCAGCCAUGUCAGUAUCAGCCCGAGUGGCUCAGGAAAUGAAUGUCAAACUGGGAAAUGAAGUUGGCUACAGCAUCAGAUUUGAAGACUGCACCUCUGACAGAACUGUCAUCAAAUAUAUGACUGAUGGUACUCUACAUAGGGAGUUCCUUUCUGAACCAGACUUGGCCUCUUACAGCGUAAUGAUCAUUGAUGAAGCUCAUGAACGGACAUUGCACACUGAUAUUUUAUUUGGACUUGUGAAAGAUAUUACUAGGUUUAGACCAGAUUUAAAAUUACUUAUCUCAAGUGCUACCUUGGAUGCUGAAAAAUUCUCAAAUUUCUUUGAUGAUGCUCCUAUCUUCAGAAUACCUGGAAGAAGAUUUCCAGUAGACAUCUAUUACACAAAAGCUCCAGAAGCUGAUUAUGUGGAUGCCUGUGUUGUGUCUGUGUUACAGAUACAUGCCACACAGCCACUGGGAGACAUUUUAGUUUUCUUGACAGGUCAAGAGGAAAUUGAAACUUGUUUUGAAAUGUUACAAGAAAGAACAAAAAAAAUUGGCAAAAAGUUAAGAGAACUUAUUAUACUACCAGUCUAUGCCAACUUACCAAGUGAUAUGCAAGCUAAAAUAUUUGAACCUACUCCAGAAGGUGCUCGUAAAGUAGUAUUAGCUACUAAUAUAGCAGAAACUUCUUUGACUAUUGACAAUAUUAUUUAUGUUAUUGACCCUGGAUUUGCCAAACAAAAUAAUUUUAACUCAAAAACUGGUAUGGAAAGUUUGAUGGUGGUACCUAUUUCUAAAGCCUCUGCAAACCAGAGAGCAGGUAGAGCUGGCAGAGUAGCACCAGGAAAAUGCUUCCGCUUAUACACAGCAUGGGCAUACAAAUAUGAACUUGAAGACAAUACAAUUCCAGAAAUACAGAGAAUAAAUCUUGGUAAUGCAGUUCUCACUCUUAAAGCUUUAGGAAUUAAUGAUCUGAUCCACUUUGAUUUCUUAGAUCCACCACCACAUGAAACACUAGUGUUAGCCUUAGAACAGCUUUAUGCAUUAGGAGCUCUCAAUCAUCAUGGUGAAUUAACAAAAGCUGGUAGGAGAAUGGCUGAAUUCCCAACAGAUCCCAUGCUGGCUAAAAUGUUAUUGGCCAGUGAAAAAUACAAAUGUUCAGAAGAAAUAGUGUCCAUUGCUGCCAUGUUGUCAGUAAAUAGCUCGGUAUUCUACAGACCCAAAGACAAGAUUAUUCAUGCAGAUACUGCACGGAAGAAUUUCUUCCAUCCACAUGGAGAUCAUUUAACACUAAUGAAUGUGUAUAACCAAUGGCUUGGUUCUGAAUAUUCGGUGCAAUGGUGCUAUGAGAAUUUUAUUCAGUACAGAUCAAUGAAGAGAGCACGGGAUGUGCGAGAACAACUGGCAGGCCUUAUGGAAAGGGUUGAAAUUGAUAUGGUGUCAAGUAUUAGUGACGACACUAACAUUCGCAAAGCAAUUACUGCUGGAUAUUUCUACCAUAUAGCCAAGUUUUCAAAAGGUGGUCAUUACAAGACGGUGAAGCAUAACCAGACUGUCAUGAUUCACCCCAACAGUGCACUGUUUGAAGAAUUACCUCGAUGGGUUAUAUAUCAUGAACUAGUAUUCACUUCAAAAGAGUUUAUGAGACAGGUAACAGAGAUAGAAAGUAAAUGGCUUCUGGAAGUUGCUCCCCAUUAUUACAAAGCUAAAGAACUAGAAGAUUCAACAAAUAAAAAGAUGCCUAAAACUGUUGGUAAAUCUUCAAAUACCUAG